AUGUCGCAGUACGAGAUCCUGCCGUUGGAUCUACUUCAUAGCCCUCUUUUGAGUCUGCUCAAAGGGUUGCCCCUUCUGGCAUUUGCUUUCCUCCUUGCUCGGUGCAUCAAGCGGCGCUACUUUUCCAAAUUGUACUCUAUCCCUGGCCCAUUCACGGCAUCAAUUACGAGAGCAUGGCGCGUCAGGGAAGUCUACAAUGGUCAUGUGGAGAAAACAGAAAUUGAGCUGCAUAAAAAGUACGGGCCUCUCGUGCGCACAGGGCCUAAUGAAGUUAUCACCAAUGAUCCGAAAGCGCUCGAAGUAUUUUACGGGAUCGGGAGUAAAUUCCCCAAGGCAUAUUUUUACAGGGCAUUUGCACAACCAGAUGUCUGGGGCAUCAAUGCAUUCUCUGCACUUGAUAAUGCUACGCACAGCAGACUGGCUCGAUACAUAUCCGCGGCGUUCUCUAUGACAUCCAUCGUUGAGCUGGAGCUAUAUGUCGAUAAUUCUCUUGCUUAUUUUAUUGGUAAGCUCGAAGAAUUUGCUAAAUCUGGCGUUCAUGUCAACAUGAGUCAGUGGUUUCAAUGGUAUGCCUUUGACGUCGUCGGAGAGCUCACAUUGUCCACGCGUUUCGGGUUCAUGGAAAAGGGGGUGGACAUUGAUGGGACAACUAAAGUAAUCGACUUCUUCAAUGGAUACGCCACAUUUGUUGGUCAAGCGUUUCCAUAUCACUGGCUGCUUUUGGGGAACCCAUUGGUCAGGAUGUUUUUGAAGGCCCCUGCCGGAGUGCUCAUUGAGGUAAGUAAGUUCACUGCUGCAGAAGUGAAGGCUCGACAAGGCCGUCCAACGAAUCGACGAGAUAUGCUCUCUCGCUUUUUAAAGGCACAUGAAAAACACCCCGCCGAAUUUCCAAUGGAUGACGUCCUUCGGACAUGUUCGAUGACUCUAACAGCUGGCUCUGACACGACUGGGAUUGCCUUGAGUGCUACUCUCUAUCAUGUCCUCAAAAACCCCAAGGUCUAUGCGAAACUAAAGGAUGAGAUCGACCAAGCAAUCGACAACCGAAAAGUCUCCACGCCUUCAAAAUUUCGAGAGAUUCAGGAACUACCCUAUCUUCAGGCAGUCCUUAAAGAAGCAAUGAGAUUUCAUCCAUCGGUUGCUGAUAUUUUGCCACGAGUCGUGAGCGAAGGAGGAUGUACUAUUGCUGGAAGAUUUUUACCUCCGGGUACACGUGUCGGAGUGAAUCCCUAUGUCCUCCAUCGCGACAAAGACAUAUUUGGAGACGACGCAGAUGAUUUUCGACCCGAACGUUGGUUAGAACGCGACGAAAAACUCAUGCAGCGCUACAUGCUCCAGUUUGGACAGGGAUCCAGGAUCUGUGUUGGCAGACACAUUAGCAUACUUGAACUGAAUAAGACGCUGGUCGAGGUGAUUCGGAAUUUUAAUAUUGAGUUGACGGACCCAAAUUACGAGAUGACGAGCACGAAUCGGUGGUUUCUCAAACCUCACACUCUUCCAUGUGUGUUCAAAAGGCGUGUUCUCAGUUGA